CAGCCAUCACUAUUUUGUGGCGGUGCUUCAGUCGCGAACAAACCUUUCAACAUCAACCAUUGACGAUCUUCUAACUUCCCAGGUAACCGACCUUUGCGCUUCUAAAUAUCUUCAUUCUAUUAGCCACUUUCCAAAGAGACGUGUAAUUAUUGACUUGCGCGUCUCAACACCGGCAUCAUCGUCGGAACCCUAAACUCCUCACACUACUCCUCAUCAUAGUCUCGUACUAUCUCACAAUUUAAUUAUGGCGUACAAUCCCUACGGCGGAGUGCCUGGCUUCGGCCCACCUCCGUCCUACAAUUCAUAUCCUGGUGCCGCUGGCGCUCCAGGUAUCUCGUCUGCUCCUGGUCUAGGACCUCCUCCAGGCAUGUCUGCCCCAGGAACGGCGCCACCACCUGGCGUUCAGCAGCACAACAUCAAUCAAGCUAAUCGACCUAGCGGUCUACCAUCAAACUUUCAAGCCCCUCCGAACAUGCCCAACAUUAACUUCAACGCCCCCGUUAUCCGCCUCGGUACGAGCUCGUCGAAGCCCGCAACUCCUGGACUACCGGGUCGCAAAGAUAGCGAGACCCCGGCUUCGGCUGGACCAAGGGCUGGCAUAGGUAUGGAUCGUGGUUUAGACCAGACUCGACAGGCUCUACGCGAAAAUAUGCAAGCAUUGGUCCCCCCCACUAAAGAGGAGAUCAUACGAACCGUGUUCGUGAGCGGUAUAACAGACGGUAUUAGCGGAAACGAAGGUGUUGAGAAGAUACUGGGUGUCGCGGGUAGGGUGCGCCGCUGGGACCGAGCUACUGAUGCUAGUGGUAAAGAAGUGGCCUUCGGUUUCGCCCAGUUCGAAGACGCCGAGUCGCUAUGGAUCGCCUCUGAGAUUCUAAAGGACAUUCAGGUACCCGUGAAAAAACAGGUAUCGGCGGAUGAGCCCGCCGGCGACGACGAAACCUACGCAAAGUUUGAGAAGGCAACCCUUCAGGUUCGACUCGAUGAAAACUCGUCAAAAUACUUGGAGGCUUAUAAGGAAGGCAGACCUGAUGAUUCAGGUGCCGAAGCAAGAUGUGAAGCUGCCAGAGGUGCGUUGAAGCAGACCAUAAAAAAUCUCUUUUAUCCUACAUCGCGAUCUGGAGCAGACGCGGAUGGAGAUGUCACUAUGGGUGAUAGUUCGGCACAAAAUGGAGAGAACGUUGAGGUGGUUAAUAUCCCCUUGGCACAGGAGGACGAGCUGGCCGACAUUCCGGCCGAGAUGCGCGAAACCGUUGCUGCCGAGAUUGCCGCAUUCAGAGAACGAAGCAUUAAACGUGAUUUGGAACGUCUAAAGAGAGAGGAAGAGCUCGAAGCAAUGGAACGCCAACGCAAUGGCGCAUCAAGACCUUCUCGACUAGCGUCGCCACCCCCCUCCAGCGCGAACAACAUCCCGUUAGGGCCGCGCGGUAUGCCUAAUGCGCCUUCUGGACCUAAAGGCCAGAAAUCCGAUAUGGGCAAGGAUUACAACAGGUCAAUCAGUUUCGUCAAUGGUGGCACAACGAAUGGGAGCCUAGCUUAUAACAGAGAAGAUGAGAAUGACUCUGCUAGCGAUGACGAAUUGGAGAGGCGACGGGUUGCGAAACAGAACGCAGAGACGGAAAAACUCUACCUUGAUGCGGAACGCAGAUGGUUAAAUCGAGAGAAAUCUCGGACAGCUGCACUUGAGCGAGAGAAGGAGCGCGACGAGUCUGAUGCGAAGGACUUUGCCAAGAACCGGGACAAGAUUUUGCAGCGACUCAAGCAUUUCGAUGAUGAUGCAGAAGCAUCCCGGAAAACCGAGGACUAUUACAAAGACAGGAGUGCUUGGAUUAGGAACCGUACCGCUUUCAGAGCUAGAGAAAUUGCAGCCGACGAUGCCGAUCGCCAAGCCGAAGAGCAGGAGCGCAUUAAGGAAGAAGCGGAACGUGAGCAAGCUAGGGGUAUGGCAGACUCAUUCCUCGAGAGACAAGCUCAGGAGAUGGAACAGCGGCAAGCUAGCCGGGUUGGUGUUGCUGCGCCACAGCCCUUCAAGCUGUCUCUCGGGGCCGCUGCACAGAAGGCACAAGCACAACGUGCAGCUCCGCAAAGAAAGACUAUCGCCGAAGUCGAGGGUCUGCUUGAAGACGAAGAUGAAGACGCAACUUCCAGGCGCCAGCUCAUUCCUAUUCAGUUUGAGCCUGCCGCUGCUGCGGCUAUGUCCGACGAAGAGCGCGACCAAGCUGUGCGUUCAUUGGCCCAAGAGAUUCCUAACGAAAAGGAAGGACUCUGGGAAUGGGAUGUCAAGUGGGAUUACCUGGACGAAGGUGUUAUCCGGGAGAAGCUUAGACCUUUUGUCGAAAAGAAAUUGGUGGAGUAUCUUGGUGUCCAAGAACAACUGCUUAUAGAGGUUGUUGAAGAGCACCUUAGGAAACAUGCCAAGCCUGGUGAGCUAGUUGAAGAACUGGCAGAGGCUCUGGAUGAUGAGGCUGAGGCUCUUGUCAAGAAACUUUGGCGAAUGGUCAUCUUCUUCACCGAAAGCGAGAAACGUGGUCUUUCUGCAUGAAAUGGAACCUCCAGGAAUGCUUCGACCUCUUAAGAUACCAGUUCAUUUUCGUGUAGCUGUAUAGCACAACAUAGGCCUUUGAGAUACCGGGGAGUUGAGGUGGACAGGGGUUGUUCUUGAGGACGGCCUCAUAGGAACAGCGAGAUAUACCAUUCAUGCAGGAGAAGGCAUAAUAAGGAUCCUCUGUACAGAUCCAUAAGGACACAUGUGGAUAGUAACGCCUUUGAAGAGGCGACUCGUAAAUGCUGCGUCCCAACCACGGAAAUAAGAAAUGGUUAUGGGUUAUUGCUGUAAUGCAAUAUUAAUGAAAUCCUCGUCCUUUCAU